AACUAAGGGCGUGUUUGUUUCACCGGAUUGGACAGGAUUGUGUCCCAAUCCGGUGUUUGGAAGGAACAAAUGAAGGAGCGGAUAAGUUAGCUGCUACAGUGAAAUAAUCCCCCGAGAGGGGGAUUAAGCUAACCCGUCCUUCCCCCUGGGUCAAAUUUCUGUCCGGAGCUCAUCGAAGGCGUUGGUGGUGUCUCUCGCGUGCCUCUGCCCAGAUCAAGCUCUGUGUUCUUCUUCUUGAAUCUGAUCGCAUCAUAGCUCGUCUCCAACAACCAUAUUCACUAGAUUGCAUUCCAGUGGAGGCAGAGUAUCAGUGAAUAUGGAUCGAAGAAAAUUAGCGGCAUUAUUGAUGCUUCCAAAUGAUAAGGCAUUAGAAUAUUUUUGUACAUGCUUUAUAGUUGUCGGGUUUAUGUACAUGUAUGUAGCAAUGCGAUUGAGAAAUGAUAGAGGUGCUAGGAAUCGAAUAAAUAGGACUGCAGAGUUGCGUUCGUCUUUUGUAACUAGUUUGUUGGACAAUGAUGUUAACUGUAUUAGUCAACUUAGGAUGGAUAGGAGAACAUUUGGUAUUUUAUGUCAGUUAUUACGCCAUGAUGGAUAUGUUAAAAGAGAUGGUACUGUUACAUUGGAAGAGCAAGUGUGCAUAUUUUUGCAUAUAAUUGCUCAUCAUACAAAGAACCGUACAAUUAUCACUAGAUUCAAUAGAUCGGGGGAAACAGUUAGUAGAUAUUUCAAUUCAGUGUUGAAUGGAGUGUUACGUUUACAUGGGACAUUGUUGAGGCAUCCUGAACCUGUGUCAGAUAAUUGUUCGGAUGAUAGAUGGAAAAUAUUUAAGAAUUGUUUGGGAGCAUUAGAUGGAACUUAUAUUAAGGUUAAUGUACCCGAAAUCGAUAAGCCGAGAUAUCGAACCAGGAAGGGUGAGAUAGCCACAAAUGUCUUAGGUGUAUGUAACCCAAAUAUGGAAUUCAUAUUUGUAUUACCUGGUUGGGAAGGUUCCGCUUCAGACUCAAGAGUACUUCGAGAUGCAUUAAGUAGGCCAAAUGGAUUAAAAGUACCCACCGGUUAUUAUUAUUUAGUGGAUGCUGGUUACACUAAUGGUGAAGGAUUUCUUGCACCAUAUAGGGGAACAAGAUAUCACCUUUCCGAAUGGAGAGAUGGUUGUGCACCUGCAAAUCAUGAAGAGUAUUUCAAUAUGAAGCAUGCAUCUGCUAGAAAUAUAAUAGAAAGAUGUUUUGGGGUUCUAAAAAUGCGAUGGGCAAUUUUAAGAAGUCCAUCGUUCUAUCCAAUUUCAAUCCAAAUUAAGAUAAUUACUGCAUGUUGUUUGAUACAUAAUCUUAUUAGGAGAGAAAUGGCACUUGAUCCUGGAGAAGCUGAAUUUGAUAUGAGUAACGAUGCUGACAUAAGUGGGGAUGAAGAUAUUAUAGGGUCAAUUGGUUCUUCGGAUCAAUGGACUAAUUGGAGAAAUGAGUUAGCUAGGCAUAUGUUUGAUGAGUGGAGAAGUCGUCGUGGUUAAUAGUUGAUUGUUAUGAUUUAUAUAAUUUUGUAACUGUUUAAUUUUAUGGUGUUUGUUAUAUCUUUUGUAUGAAGACUAAAUUAUAUUAAAUAUAACAUAUGAGAUUUUUAUUAUUUGUUAUUAAAUUCAU